AUGGGUGCCCAAUGCUCAUGCCAGGUGCCGGAGGAAGUAGACGCCAACGAGGAGUUCCCGUUAACACCGUCGAAGGCUUCUUACACAGUGCGUAGCGCUGGUUCCACCAGCAUUCCAAGUGAUGAGUGCAGUUGCCCAAAUGAUUCCAAAGAGUUGGGCUUCAAGGAAACGGAUUCCCAAGAGGACUUCUUGCUUAGAGGUCAAAGUUCCCGGAGCUGCCGCAGUUAUUAUUUGGCUGGACUUCCUGGCGAUGAUGGCCUUUCACAGGCCUCCAAGGGUUCCUUGGCAAGGCUACAGGUGCUGGUCGAGGGUGCUGACUUUCUGGGAGCAGAGGUGGAGUUGACCAAAUUAAUGGAUGAGUUGGCAGACCCAGCAACCGCAGACGAGCGCGCCAUCAUAUCAGCAUCGCCUUUGGUGAUGCACAUCAAGGAUGAGCUCAGACUCUACCGGGAAGUUGCCCAACAGUGUUGCCAGUUUACUGAGCCAGACAGUUUUCUGCUGUAUUCCAAUGAGCACUUGCAUCAGAGUAUCCAUGGAAGCUUUGACCGGCACAACCCCCGUGUUUUCCACUAUCACUUGCGCAUGGUCUUCCCGUUCCAGCUUGCCCAUGUUUUCUCCGUUGCGUUCGAAGAGGAGCUGUCAACUGAGUGGAACAGUAUGCUACUGAAGACUCCAGAGCUCAUCGAAAAUGAGCAAGGCCUUCACACUGUCACCUCUUCCCAGGCUUCAGCCAUGCUGGGCCUUCUAAAACUGGACUUCCUCGACAGAACCCAGCGCUUCAUUGAUGUGGAGGGCGGCAUGCUGGUCGAGUACGUCAAGACAGUUGAAGAAGGUCGCAGGGGCCAGCAGAUUUGGGGAGAGAUGUCGUCCCCUUUAGUCACUGUUUGUUUCUUGCGGGGUUAA